AUGUCAAACCCCAACUUCCGCUCCCAAUUCCGAAGCUUCAGCUUCGGUCCCCGUACUGCAACAAUGCCACGCAAUGGCUCUGUGGAUGAGCGCACUGGCCUCCUCCGUGGCUCAUUCUCCGGUCUUGCGCCUCACGAACAUGAUGGCCCCCAUCGUCACCCCAAGGAUUCUCGUCUGUGGGUGCAGUGGCCGACCCAUGUAGUUCAUCUGACCUGGAAGACCCUGGUUCGGGACUAUGUCAACCUGCUGCUGAUUUGUGUCCCGUUGGGCAUCGUGGCUGGUGCUUUGGGCUGGGAUUCGACAGCGGUGUUCACGCUGAACUUCUUUGCCAUCAUUCCGCUGGCUUCCUUGCUGAGCUUUGCAACUGAGGAGCUGGCGGCAACGAUGGGCCAGGCCCUCGGUGGCCUGAUGAAUGCUACUUUUGGCAAUGCCGUCGAGUUGAUCGUCAGCAUCAUCGCCCUGAAGGAUAACCAGGUUCGCGUGGUGCAAGCCAGCAUGCUUGGCAGUAUUUUGUCCAACAUUCUGCUUGUGCUGGGCUGCUGUUUCUUCGUCGGUGGAUUGCGAUACCGCGAACAGUCAUUCAACAGUACCGUUGCGUCUACGAUGUCCUCGCUCAUGGCUGUUGCUUCUGCCUCGCUGAUUAUCCCUGCGACCCUCUACGCUGCCAUUUCGAACAACAGCGACUCCGCGCCGGGUAAUGAUGACAACCGCGCGGCCCAGCACAACAUUCUGAUUCUGUCUCACGGCACCUCGAUCAUCCUCCUCUUGAUCUACGUCAUGUACCUCUACUUCCAGCUGCGAUCCCACUCCGAUCUCUUCGAAGAGACCAAUGGCAGUGAUACGGAGACAGGUGCUCCGGCCGAAGAGGAGGAGGAAGAGGAAGAGCGCAUUCUUAGCCCUUGGGCUGCGACCGUUGCGCUGGUCGUCGUGACCGUUCUGGUCUCGAUCUGCGCCGACUACCUCGUUGGCAGCAUUGACAGCAUCGUCGAGAAGACCGGUAUGAGUAAGACAUUUAUUGGUCUGGUACUGAUUCCCAUCGUUGGUAACGCCGCGGAACAUGUGACUGCCGUGGUUGUUGCAUACAAGGACAAGAUGGAUCUGGCAAUUGGUGUUGCUAUUGGUAGCAGCUUGCAGAUCGCGCUGUUCGUCACUCCUUUCUUGGUCAUUCUGGGAUGGAUCAUCAAUAUUCCCAUGACUCUGCACUUCCAAACAUUCGAGACCGUCGCCUUCUUCAUCUCUGGCUUGGUGGUUACCCUGCUCAUUCAGGAUGGAAAGUCCAACUAUCUGGAGGGUGGCAUGUGUCUCGGCAUGUAUAUCAUUCUUGCCCUAGCCUUCUACGUCUAUCCCGAUAGCGUGGUCAACUAA